GUCAAGAAGAAGUUGCUGAUGAAUAUAAUGACGUAGCAAUGUACGACACUGUAAGCUUUACAGAUAUUGAUGCACAGCGGAUGGACAAAAUGGAUUGGGAGAUUGAAUGUACAUCUGAUGUAUGGACAAUCUUAAGAGAGUCACAUUUGCCUCCAGACCUUAAACGUCGCAUGUUAAUGGCGAUUCAGAUGUUAGCAAGCGGAGACUGGCAACCGCAUUUAUGCAAGAAAGUUCGCCAUAUUCCAGCCACAUUAAAUCUUUUCGAAGCAAAGUUUAGCAAGGGCGGACGUAUAAUGUGGGAACUUGCAAUAACAUUCUCUCCGAGACUGAGUAAUACAGAAGGAGGCAUGCAGGGGAAGGUAUUUUCGGAGGUCAUUCGAAUUUGGGAUGUGGUUGUGGACCAUGACAAACUAAACAGAACUAUUCGAAAGAUCACGAAAUCGCACAAUCGAGGGAAAAGCUGCAUUCUUAAGAAAACUCUCAUGUCAGCCUCAUUGGCUGCAAAACAUGUCAAUGCUGGAAUGCGAUACCCACGGUUAUUCAUAGAAGCAUCCGGUGGUAAUUAUGAUGUGUCUGAAAAUCAGACGAGUAUGAAUUUGCUUUCGCCGGCGAGUUCGAAUGAAAAUGAAUACCACAUACUGAAAUUCUACUCAUUUUCAUCUGCUCUCUUGCGUACCGUGCUUCAAAAUAUCGAAACCAAAGUGGAUUUUCCAUUUCGUGUAACAGAUACAGAGUAUACUUUAAUCAACAUAGAAAGCAAUGCACCAAUCCUUUUGAUAGGUCGAAGCGGAACAGGGAAAACAACAUGCUGUGUGUAUCGUUUGUGGAGCCAAUUUCGAGCCUACUGGGCAACUUCACCAAUCAAUCCAAUUCUUCCUAGGUGUGCGUAUUGUAUUUCCAAUAAAAAAGAAAAAUCUAUUCCGAAAGAAAACUCUGAAAGCACUUGUGCCGCAAACGAGGCAGAGCAAAAAGAUCAAGAUAUAUAUGAUCACUUACACCAGCUAUUCAUAACGAAAAACGCUGUGUUGUGUGGUGAAGUUCGGAGGAAUUUCCGCGCAUUACGUAAAGGAGAAAACUUGAUGGAAGGUCAUAUGCAAAACGAGGAUGAAAAUCUACCAUCCCGUCUGCAGGAUGUAAAAGAUUAUGCAUACCCCAUGUUUGUCACAUCAAGACAACUGCUACUUAUGUUGGAUGUGUCCGUUGGACCCCCGUACUUCUUUGUUCGUAAUGAAGAUGGGAGUCUUAAGGAGGAAAUCAGAGACUGGAACGACAGAAAUGCGCCCGUAACUUUGGUGUCGGUUGACGAAUGUUUAGAAGAUGAAGAUUACAUUGUAGAAGUGUUCAACGAUGAAAUUGAAACCACGUCCACAUCACGACCGAACGUAUCAAAAAAUGGAGCAACAAUCGUUGACCGCACGAAAGAAAUUACGUAUAUGAUGUUUGUGGAUAAGUUUUGGAAACACUUAAAACACACACAUUCAUCUUAUCAUCCGACACUUGUCUGGACAGAGAUAAUGUCAUUUAUUGAGGGGUCGUAUGAAGCGUUAUCAGAGCCAAGAGGCUAUUUGGACAAUAAGCAGUAUAAUGAUAUUGGAAGAAAACGAGCGCCAAACUUCUCUGGAGAUAGAGACGUUAUUUACUCUCUGUUUCUCGAAUACAAAAGAUUCAAGACAGAUAACGCUCUUUUUGACGAGACCGAUCUUGUUCACAGUGUAUUUAAACGGCUAAGUGUUCUCAAUUAUCGUCCGUGGGCGAUUCACCAAAUAUUUGUCGAUGAAACGCAAGAUUUCACCCAAGCGGAACUGUGUUUGUUGAUACGCCUGUGUCAAAACCCGAACGACAUGUUUUUCACAGGUGACACUGCUCAAAGUAUCAUGCGAGGAAUAUCCUUCCGAUUUCAAGAUCUCCGAUCUCUGUUUCAUUAUAUGCAAGAAAUAAAUCGCUCAACUGGGUCUCCAAUCGUAGCUCAGCCGGAAGAGGUCUAUAAACUCGUAUAUAAUUAUCGGACCCAUGCCGGCAUACUCCGAUUAGCAUCAAGCGUAUUGGAAAUAAUGGCCGCACUUUUUCCGGAAUCGUUCGAUAGCCUUCCGCCUGACCAAGGUCUUUUCGAAGGACCUAUGCCAAUAGUGUUUGAAUCUGGAAGUGUUAGUGACCUUGUGUUGCUUUUAAAGGGCAACCAGCGUAACACAGUGCCCAUAGAGUUCGGAGCACAUCAAGUGAUUCUUGUGGUCAAUGACGAUGCUCGAGAAGCAUUGCCCGCCGUCUUAAAAUUAGGACUUGUUCUGACAAUUUUUGAGGCCAAAGGACUUGAGUUUGAUGACGUUCUAUUGUAUAACUUUUUUACUAAUUCACAGGCAAGCAAAGAAUGGCGCGUCGUUAUUGAGUACUUGAAUCGGCUGAUCAACCAAAAGGAUAACGUAGUCCAGUUUGACUACGAAAUAUUAGAAUCAUCAAAUCACCCCCGACCUCUGAAAUUUGACGCAAACCAACACAAAAUCCUGAACUCAGAGUUGAAGCACCUGUACACAGCGUUGACAAGGGCUCGUGUGAAUGUCUGGAUAUUUGAUGAAGAUCGCGAAAAAAGGGCGCCAAUGUAUGAGUUUUUCAAGGCUCGUAAACUGGUGAAAAACUUAAAAGGGCAAGACAUAAAUGAAUCAAGUUCCCAAGGAUCUGUGUUUGCUGUACAAUCAAGUCCUGAGGAUUGGCGGAGGCGGGGACGGGAAAUGAUGAGACACAAAAUGUAUGCAGAGGCGUCCAAGUGCUUCCGGUUCAGCGGUGAUAUUAAAUUUGAAAAAAUGACACAAGCACACAUAAGAUCAAGAAUGGCUUUUGACCACAAAGACAAUCCAAACAAAAUGCAUCUCGAGUUUCUUUGCGCAGCUGAGCUCUACCUCGAAUGCAACAAGCGUAUUCAUGCUGCACGUUGUUUGCAGAAUGCCAAUGAACUUAAACUUGCAGCACAGCUUUUCGAACAAACAGGACAGUAUGAAAAUGCUGCCGAUCUAUAUCGACGUCUGAAUAUUUACCACGACAGCAGUCGUUUGUACGAGAAAGAGGGUAAUUUUAACAAAGCUAUCUCAGUUUUAUGUGCGAAUGGAGACUUUGAAUCUGCUCUAGACACCCUGAGGCGAUACGAAAUAAAACUAAGGGAUUUGCAAGUGAUGCAGAUAUCAGUUCAUGACAGCGGUCAACAGAACGUCGAGUUCAAUGAAUUCGUGAUCCAACAGAGGGCGGCCGAGUUUUAUCACCAACGCAGAAAUACAGAAAACAUGAUCAAAGCAGUAAGCGCAUUUCCAGAACUCAAAGAUCGUAUUAAAUUUCUAGAAGAUAGAGGAUACAUAUCACAUGCAGCACGAUUGCUUAAGGAUGACAAUCAGUGUACUGCUGCAGUAGAUUUGCUUGUUUCCCACACGAAAUUGGAUGAAGCGGUCACACUCGCUAAAGAAACUCUUUCAAAUAAAGACAUUGGCAAAUAUAUUUUGAUUAAAUGUCGCAUAAAUCAGGUUAAUUCCAGUAAUGAUUGGAUUUGGCUAUCCAAUCAAAUAGUGAUGAUUGAUGAGGCAAUCGCUAUUUUUAAGUCGUGUGAAGAUUACGAGGGCCUAGGAGCUGCAUGUUUGCUUAAAUUUCAAAACACAGAAGAAACAUGCGAUAUAAAGAGGGCGAUCGAUGCGUUUAAAGCAUUAGCAAACGAGGCGGGAAAAAUUGAAUGUACUGAUGCAAUUGUAUCUAGGAAACUUUUUACCAUAUUUGAUUUCAAUUUUGUUGUCUCAGCGAUCGAUGAAGUUUUUCGUGUCUGUCACACUUUACUCAAUCCCAACGAUAAGCAUCAACUUGCCAAGUUUUUUCAAUAUGGAGCAUUCUAUGGGUUCAGCCCAUGUUCUGAACAAACCGUUCGUAUCAGACCCUAUGAAAGACCACUAUGCUUGAAGUAUCUGGGGAACAUACGUGAACAGUGUGAAAAACCUAAAGCGGAAGUAGGAGAAGCUGUGGUUCAUGCGUUGAUGCAAGAGAAACUAACGGAAUGGGUUUCAAAACUUAGGCGUGUUAACGCAGAAAUACGAAAAGAGGUGAUGUUAAGCAAACCUGUAAGAGCAUUUAAACAAUGUGAAAAUGCCUCUGAUGAUGAAACAAUCUAUCAGCGUCGAAAAAAGGAUUCAUUUGAAUGUUUGAUACAAUAUGAUAUACUUAAUAUUGAAUUGGAACAUAGAUUGUUCAAUGAAACUUCAAGCCUUGAUCAAUUUCGGUUCUCGAGGAUACUCAGACAAUUGAAUGAUGAGCCUUUAAAAUAUCAAACAUCAUUAAGCCUUUGUAGAGACCUUAUUAUUGAAGGAAGCCAUUUAAACUAUACGACAAGCGACAUUACAAGCCUUUUGGAUGGCAUAAUAAACAAAAACAAGGUGCACCAAAAGUUGAAAGUCUUUCUGAAUCUACAGUGGUUCACACAUGGUUAUAAUGAAAACGAUUCGGUUGGAUUUCCAGGUGAUGAACAAGAGUUAAUGGGAGUUGCAUUCAGCUGCUUUAUGUUUCGUAUACAACUUACUGAAACAAAGUGUGUUUUAAAAAAUACUGUACUGAAUUUGUUCCAAAUGAUUAUGACUGGCAAUGUUUUUAAAGCGGUUAAACAGUUCAACAAUUACAUUAAUAUGGUCAACCUGGAAAAAUUGUCUGAUCCUGAAACAAUAAUUAUUUGGUUCGAAUUGAUUUGUACGAUUGCAUGCCUAAUGGUCGCCAAACUAAAUGCUUUAUGCAACACCAGUGUUGAAACGCCAGUAUUUAUCCUGGGAAAUUAUCUGCACUUGAUUAAGUUCGUCGAAGUAAUAUUACCGGCAGAACUUGACAUCAUGAAAUGCUUAAAGGAAUGUGAUCUUGGCGUUCCAGACAGCCUUGAUGAGAUGCUGACGGCUUUUACAAAAAUCAUAAGCGUUUUGGUGGGAUCCAAAAGUAAAGUUAGACUGAUCGACAUAUUGGUCAAUAAAUGUGAAGAUAAACCCGAGAUGACUGGCAUGGUGGAACGAUUAGUCAUGUUAGGAUUGACUCUAGCGAGUAACGUCGAUAUAAUAGUUCCUGUUGAAACUAAAUCAUCACUUAUAGAGAUGCUGACGAGAGUUUCAUUAUCGACUUCAGCUCCAUCUGGAAUUAAAAAAACCGUCGAAGACUUGAAACAAAUUAUUAAAACAUCGGACGUCUCAACUAUUUUAAUGACAUUUUUGGAAACAAGAAACCUAGGUGAAGAACUUGUAACAUUUACAUGGGAAAUCAGCGACUGGGAAACUCCUUUCACUGUGGAAAGUAAGAGUGGUCAUGCAUACUUUUAAAAGAAGGUAUCUGUUAAAUUUAGGCAUGGCCAUUAGUAUAAAUCAAGGGGUCUGAGAUUGAGGAUGCUCAGUGUUUACAAGGUUGUACUUUCAAUUAGGUGUCCAUAUUUAGUAAAUGUUUAUAAUAGUAGAAUUAUUUUAUUUGAAAAUAUGUCUUUUUAUGAAAGCAUAAAUAUCAAAACAUUCAGAUUAUUUUAUUAUGGUAUGUUCAAAGACAAAGUUUGUUUAAAAAAACUAAUUUCAAAUGUAAUUGAAACCAGUGUUCAGCCAAUUGUAUCUAACAAUAUUUGUAUAUAUGUACAUUCAUAUAAAAUCAUGGUAUUUAUGACAUUGCUUAGAGUAUAAAUUAUAUAACAUUAUACGUUGAUGGGCCUCUAUUGCAUUAAAUACUGAGAAAUUGAGAGCAUCAAUACAGUGUUUUAUUGAAAACUAUAUAACAUUUUAACUUAUUCUGCAUGGUAAGAGUAUUGAAUAAAAAUGGUUUUACAGAUGUAGAGUAUCUGUUUAAGUAUGCAAUAUCACUAAUAUAAACUUGGUGUACUUUAAAAUAUAUUUAGAAUAUUCAUGGUCACUCAAAUAACAUAAUAAGAAUAACUUUUUGUUAGCAAUUUAAAUAAAUGAUAUAUUGCUGGUGAAGAAAGAAGGUUUAACGUUACAGUUUGACAAUACUAUUUGUUCUUGUUUGUUAAAAUCUGAUAUAAAGUACAAAACGAACCUAAAGAUCCAUUUUCUUAAAUUUUCACAAACCCACCUGUUCUAAAGCUGCAGUGAACGAUCAAAAGGUUGGCUCUGCUAGUGAUUUGUUCAGUCCUAUAUAUUUAGUGCAUGUAUAUCGCUUAUUUAUUUGUUUGUUUUGAAAAUACGUGGAUCAUCCGUACAUUGAAUUAUGGUAAAUGCCUUUAACAAACUUUGUGACAAUCUUAUUUGCUUUUGGCAGUAUGCUGAAAAAUAUGUGACACCAUAAUAUUUUUGUCGUAUAUUAACUUACUAUUUUGUUAUUAGUGACUGUAUUGAACUGAUCUACCGAUCGGAAUUUUGUGUGAUGUUAAGUGAUUCAGUUUGCCGACCCUUCAACUGACUAUUGGUUAUGCAUCUCUGCUUUUUAUCCAAAUCUAUGCGAAGCACGCUCAACAAUUGCGAAUAAUGAUUUUACAAACUAUAAAACGAUUAAUUUAUUUGAGAACAAAAUAUUACAGUUUUACCAUAAAUUCUUAGUAAGACUGUUGUAUAAAAGUCUGUAAAGGUAUCAUAAUUUCCUGUUUUAUUGUUAAAACAUUGUCUACGUCUGUGGAUAACGUUGCAGGUAGGAUUUGAUGUCAGAUUGUGAGACUGGUGUUUCAUGAUAUUGGAGCCUUAUAAUUUGUAACAUCAAUGGAUAUUUUUUGUUAUAUUAUUAUGCUAAAUAGUUGGUUAUCAAUAUUUGAAUCUACUAUGUUUUCUAUUCGUGUAUUGCAUUCUUCGUAGAAUGCAAGUAUAUAUAUGUGUGGUUUAAUGUGUAUAUCGUCAACGUGUACUGUUUUUUUUAAAUGUACGGAUUUGCUUCGUUUUAAGACUUGUAUUAUGUAUUUCUUGAUAAAUACUGGUUUAGCGUC